AUGACGGUUGGGAAAACGAAAGAAGGUUCGGAAUUCCCUGCGAAUCUGUUUGUCAGUGAGAAAGAGGGAGAUGUAAAGGUUUUGGGAGAAUGUUGGAUUGGUUACAUGGCUCAAAUGUCGAGUGAAGGGGUUGAUGAGGUCAUAGUGAUUGGAGGGUGUAGGGUUAUGAAUAAGAGACAGUGGAGGUGGGAUGAAGAAAAGACUAACCCCAUUUUAGUAUACCCCGUUCCAUUAUCAAUGACCAAUGGAGGUUGCCUGUUCAUCGUAGAGGGUAAGGGGCACACGUGGCAUUUACAACCUCAAGCGCGAGAUGGUCAUAAGUGA